GAAAGGAAAGAAAAAGGACUGAGCUGGAAGAGAAGUUGAGGAAGAAGAAAGAGUUGGAUGCAGGGGGUGGGCAGGAGGAAAAAUGGGGGAACAGGAGAAGGGGGGUCGGAUGACUUAAUCAGUGCACGCUGCCACUCCAAAUACUCCCCACCCUCUCUCUCUCUCCCUCUCUCUCUCUCAGUCCAACAAACACACACCGAUACACAGUGAUUGAAUCUGUGUCAGUAUGAAGUCAGAUCCCCCUCCCUCCCUUUCCCCCUGCAUUACGGCAACCUUCAUAUCCAGUCCCUGUACAUGUGUGUGCGUGCGGCUCUCUCAACCAGUCCUCCCUGACAUUCCACAGCAGAUGUGGGAUUGACUGCUGGGACUAAGAAACAAGAAAGUCACAGGAAUAUUCUUUGGAUCUGUGCAGUUUUUUAAGACUAAUCUGGACCAAAUAUUCAGUGCUUUUCUUCUUUGAAGUAUUUAGCUGAAUCGUCUGUUGGAAAACAGCACCAUUACUUGGACUCUGCUACUGAAACAUCCUAUUUCUUUGGGGAUUCUGGACUUUGGGGACAGUACAGCCCCGGCAGGGUACAAUAGAACAUCCUAAACAAAAGGGCUGUAGAAGCCCUGUGACCUCUACAAUGGCAGAUGUCCUUCAGCUUAAUACCAACAGUCUACAAGUACCAGGUGAAGAUAGAUCAGCCUCUACAUCUCCAUCUGGUUCUCCAUCUCCUUCCAGAAAUGAAUGCAGCAUCACUCCUCUUACUCCAUCCCCCUCUCCACGGACAGAGGUUAGACCGCGUGUGGCUCGUCCGUUUUCUGUGGUUGUUGCUAUAGAUUUUGGCACCACCUCCAGUGGCUAUGCAUUCAGUUUCACAGAAGAUCCUGAGACCAUUCACAUGAUGAGACGGUGGGAGGGUGGCGACCCUGGUGUAGCCAAUCAGAAGAGUCCAACUUGCCUACUGCUGACGCCUGACCUCCGGUUCCACAGCUUUGGCUUUGCAGCUCGAGACAGCUAUCAUGACCUUGACCCCGAGGAAGCCAGGCAUUGGCUCUACUUUGACAAAUUCAAAAUGAAAAUCCACAGCACCAGUGAUCUCACUAUGGAGACCGAGCUGGAGUCUGUUAAUGGAAGAAGAGUCCGGGCUAUUGAGGUGUUUGCUCACGCCUUGAGGUUCUUCAGAGAACAUGCUUUAAAGGAGGUGAAGGACCAGUCUUCCUCUGUGCUGGAAGGUAAUGAAGUACGGUGGGUCAUCACUGUUCCUGCGGUGUGGCGGCAACCAGCCAAGCAGUUCAUGCGAGAAGCUGCAUAUUUGGCAGGUUUGGUGACUCCAGAUUCUCCUGAGCAGCUCCUCAUAGCUCUCGAACCAGAGGCUGCAUCCAUCUACUGCAGGAAGCUCCGUCUACACCAGGUCAUUGACCUCAGUCAACGACCAGUAACUAAUGGAUUAGAUGUGGAAGGGUCCCGCCCUUUUGAUUCCAGUUUUAGGCAAGCACGCGAGCAGCUCCGCAGAGCCAGGCAUAGCCGGACUUUUCUGGUGGAGAGUGGUACUGGAGAAUUAUGGUCUGAGAUGCAGACAGGUGACCGGUACAUUGUGGCAGACUGUGGUGGUGGGACAGUGGAUCUGACGGUGCAUCAGAUUGAGCAGCCACAGGGCACUCUGAAGGAGCUUUACAAAGCCUCAGGGGGUCCUUAUGGAGCAGUUGGUGUGGAUCUUGCCUUCGAGGCCAUGUUGUGCCAGAUCUUUGGGGCUGACUUCAUUGAGAGUUUUAAAGCUAAACGUCCAGCAGCCUGGGUUGACCUUACCAUUGCAUUUGAAGCCCGCAAGCGCACUGUGGCUCCUGGCCGUGCCAACUCAUUGAACAUCUCUUUGCCCUUUUCCUUCAUUGACUUCUACAAGCGACACCGGGGGCAGAGUGUGGAGACUGCCCUGCGCAAGAGCAAUAUGAAUUUUAUAAAGUGGUCAUCUCAAGGGAUGCUGAGGCUGUCUGCGGAAGCCAUGCAUGAGCUUUUCCAGCCGACCAUCAACAACAUCAUAAAACAUAUUGAGAACCUGGUGCAGAAGGAGGAAGUAAAGGGUGUGCAUUUUCUCUUCUUGGUUGGAGGAUUUGCAGAGUCGCCCAUGCUUCAACGCGCUGCACAAAAUGCACUAGGGCGAAACUGCCGUAUCAUAAUUCCACAUGACGUAGGUCUAACCAUCCUCAAGGGUGCAGUCCUGUUUGGUCUAGACCCCACUGUUGUACGUGUACGCCGUUGCCCAUUAACUUACGGUGUUGGGGUUUUGAACCGCUUUGUGGAAGGCCGACACCCUCGUGAUAAGCUUCUCAUAAAAGAUGGCCGAGAAUGGUGCACUGACAUCCUGGACCGCUUUGUAAGUGUUGAUCAAUCAGUGGCUUUGGGAGAGGUGGUGAGGCGGAGCUACACUCCAGCAAGAAUGGGACAAAGAAAGAUCAUCAUCAACAUCUACUGCAGUGACACUGAUGACAUAACCUACAUUACUGAGCCCGGGGUGAGGAAGUGUGGUGCCAUCACACUAGACCUGCUUGAGUCAGGGGCAGUGGCAGCUAGCGCUGGGGAUAACGAUAAAGGAUCAGCAUUUGAACGCAGGGAGAUUCGCACGACGAUGCAGUUUGGAGACACUGAGAUCAAAGUCACAGCUGUUGAUGUGGCAACCGGCCAACUGGUGCGGGCAUCAAUUGACUUCCUGUCCAACUGAUCCUAUUGUGCCAUUACUGGAGAGAACUGGAAUGCGAAUGUGAAGGACAUUAAAUGACAGCUAAUCUCAUCAAUUAAUAGAUUAAAUAAUAGCUUUGAGGUUGAAGAUCUGGAUAUCCAAGGAUUGCAGAUCUGAAAACUGGAAGGCUGAAUUAUAAACUGGAACAUUACUGGGAUUCCCUGUAAUUGUGCAAAGCACUAGUUAUGAAGACUGUCUCUGAAUUAAGCAUACUGUAAGCUUUGGAUAAGAAAGAUUCUAAAUUAUAAGCAAUGAAAUUUUCAGUUACAUCAUGAGCUACAGACAAAAAAUGAACUAGAACUUUGGACGGGAACCACGUUUACUAGAAUUAUCAAGUAAGCAUACAUUUUUAUGUUUCCUAUUAGUUUAUUAACACAGAGGAACUAGUUUUAGUUCAGUUACUCCUUGUGGUGAUCAUCACACAUGCAGUAAGUAGACAUUAUAUUCCUUCUAAGUUAGCAGACACUUAGUAUUUUAAUUAUUAGAUAAUGCCACUUAAGUGUUUAUUUUUUUUGUAAUCAUUCUAUGGAACUAUACACUAAUCAUUUAAAAACUUGUAUAAGGACACUCUAAGUUUUUAAAUUAUAGUUGCGCCACCUGGAGGUAAGAAGAGGAAGUGAUCAGCUAGAAUGAUGUUGAGAGGAUAGUUGACGAAGAAAUUAAGUUCAAAAUGACUUAUUUCCUACAGAGGUACAAAAGAGGUAGUUACAUUGUGGAAUGCAAUUUGUAACCAUUUUUUCUACCUGAUUGUAAUUGUAGUUUAUUUGCUCUGUGAAGAACCUGUUUGAGACAUUUAGGUUUGUUUUUUUUUUUUUUUUUCAGGCACCAUUAAAAUAGCUAAAGCUUA